CACUCACUCACUCGCUCGCUCACUCAUUUCUGACAUCGCCGUCUCCAGCAGUGCACAGAAGGCCAAACCGCCGCUAUGAAUACCAAGGUCCUCCUGCUCCUCGCUGCCGUGACCUGCGUGGCCCUCGCCCAGACGGGGAGGUCCGGACCUCGGUGUGUGUGUCGGCGUGUCCGGGACAAAUUCGGACCUGCCCGGGCCAUCCUGGACAUCCAGAUCUACCCCCCGUCCGCUUCCUGUGACAACAUGGAGAUUGUUGUUAGCCUGAAGAAUGGUGUGCAGUACUGUCUGGAUCCCAGAAUGAAGAAGGUCCAAGAUCUGGUUUCCAACCUGCUGAGCAUGAAGAGCGCAGAGCCCACCGCCUUACCUGAGGCCGAGACCACUGACGUCUGGUCUCCUGUCUGACAUCAUUUUUGCUGGCUAAUGAGACCAUGUUUCCAGAUCCUCUUUCUGAGCAACUUUGGCAAAUUUACAUCAAUGUUAAACAUUUCAGGAAAGCAGUAUUUCUAUAUUUUAUUGCUGUGCACUUUUA